GGCCACGGGGCUCCGACAUGACGGGCCGCGUGUGCCGCGGCUGCGGCGGCACGGACAUCGAGCUAGACGCGGCGCGCGGCGACGCGGUGUGCACGGGCUGCGGCUCGGUGCUGGAGGACAACAUCAUCGUGUCCGAGGUGCAGUUCGUGGAGAACAGCGGCGGAGGCUCGUCGGCGGUCGGCCAGUUCGUGUCUCUCGACGGUGCGGGCAAAACCCCAACCCUAGGCGGUGGCUUCCACGUGAACUUGGGAAAGGAAUCAAGAGCACAGACCCUACAGAAUGGGCGGCGCCACAUCCACCACCUGGGGAGCCAACUGCAGCUGAACCAGCACUGCCUGGACACAGCCUUCAACUUCUUCAAGAUGGCUGUAAGCAAGCAUCUUACCCGAGGACGGAAGAUGGCCCAUGUGAUUGCUGCCUGCCUCUACUUGGUUUGCCGAACUGAAGGCACACCUCAUAUGCUCCUUGACCUCAGCGACCUGCUCCAGGUGAACGUGUACGUGCUAGGGAAGACGUUCCUGCUCUUGGCGAGGGAGCUCUGCAUCAACGCACCAGCUAUAGACCCAUGCUUGUACAUUCCACGCUUUGCUCAUCUACUGGAAUUUGGGGAGAAGAACCAUGAGGUAUCCAUGACAGCCCUGAGGCUUCUGCAGAGAAUGAAGAGAGAUUGGAUGCACACGGGCCGGCGCCCUUCUGGCCUCUGUGGAGCAGCGCUUUUGGUUGCAGCCAGAAUGCAUGACUUCCGGAGAACCGUCAAAGAAGUCAUCAGUGUGGUCAAAGUGUGUGAGUCCACACUACGAAAGAGGCUCACAGAAUUUGAAGACACUCCAACAAGUCAGCUCACCAUUGAUGAGUUUAUGAAGAUUGACUUGGAGGAGGAAUGCGACCCUCCCUCCUACACAGCUGGACAGAGGAAGCUGCGCAUGAAGCAGCUGGAACAGGUCCUGUCGAAAAAGCUAGAAGAAGUUGAAGGUGAAAUAUCCACUUACCAGGAUGCCAUUGAAAUUGAGCUAGAAAACAGCCGGCCAAAAGCAAAAGGGGCUCUUGCCAACUUGUCAAAAGAUGGCUCCGGUGAGGACACCACAUGCAGCCCAUUCUGUGAGGAGGACACUGAGGAUGAGGAGCUGGAGGCUGCUGCCAGCCAUAUGAACAAGGACUUCUACCGAGAGCUCCUGGGGGAAGACGGCAGCACGGAAGCAGCAGACGGUCCUGAUGGGGGCAGCAGGCCCCUUGCUCUGGAGUCUCUACUUGGCCCCCUGCCCACAGCUGCCAGCCUGGGCAUCUCCGACUCCAUUCGAGAGUGCAUCUCCUCCCCAAGUGGGGACCCCAAAGACACUUCAGAGGACGGAGAGCUGGACCUCAGUGGCAUCGAUGACCUUGAGAUUGACAGAUAUAUCCUGAACGAGUCGGAAACCCGAGUAAAAGCCGAGUUGUGGAUGCGGGAGAAUGCUGAGUACCUUCGGGAGCAGAAGGAGAAAGAAGCAAGAAUAGCGAAGGAGAAGGAGCUUGGCAUCUAUAAAGAACACAAGCCCAAGAAGUCUUGCAAACGCCGGGAGCCGAUCCUGGCCAGCACAGCUGGGGAGGCUAUCGAGAAGAUGCUGGAACAGAAGAAAAUCUCCAGCAAGAUUAACUACAGUGUGCUGCGGGACCUUAACAGCAAGGGUGGCAGCAGCCCCCCCAGGGAGGACUCACAGCCCCCAGAGCGUGCCAGUACCAAGAAGCUGUCACAGAGGAAAAGAGCAGCCAGCAGGAAUAGUGCUGACCCUGGGACAAGCAUAGGGAAGAGGUUGAGGCCUCUGGUAUCUGCACAGCCCACUAAGAAGGCAGCUGUGGGACAGGCCUUGCUCUUAAGUCCCCCUGCCUUGGGAGCUGAGCCCAUCAAGCCAUCAGCAGUCUUGGUGGAGAGUGGCCCUGUGUCAUAUCAUCCUGAGGAGGAUGCAGAUGAGGAGGAUGCAGAGGAAGAGGAUGGAGAGCCCUGCGUCAGUGCUCUGCAGAUGAUGGGUGGCAAUGAUUACGGCUGUGAUGGUGAUGAGGACGACGGCUACUGAGUGGAACUCAAGGCCAGGCAGCGUCCGGGUGCUGGACUCCAAGUGUGUCUGUCUUAUGAGGGUCAGAUGGGCCCUGGGCCAUGGCUCACAGGCAGAACUCCUGAGACUCGGCCAGUCAAGCACUGUCCCGUUUGAUUGGAACCUCUCUUCCUUCCCAUGGCCACAUUGCGGCCCCAUCAUACUCACUGUUGGGAAUCAUGUUUUGAGCAAUGUAAGGGAUAUUUUUGCCCAGCGAAGGAAACUAGCUGUGUGUUUAUGUGUAAUGAAACAUGGUCAGGGAGUAGCCGAGUCCAGAUCCUACUUCAUGGCCUAGCCUACUCGUCAGGCCGAAGCACAAGGGCUUAAGUCAAGAAGUAGAGCCCUGGUCUGUGCUGCUGCCAGGGUCAGGAGACACGUGGCAGUUACUGCCCUGUUCUAGGCAACUGUAGUUUGGAGCGCCUGCCUUCACUGCAGCACCAGCUUCCUGCAGAAGUGAGCAGGAGCUCCCUACCGUCUCCAGUGCCGUUCACUGUCUUGAACCACCAAGAGCAUUACAGGCCUCAGCCUCCUGCUUAGGACUCAUGAGUUGUGCAUCCAGGAGCCCUUGGGGCCACCCAAUAGCAAAUUAGUCAAGCUCAUCAGCAGCGCCCAGAAAGUGGAGACCAGCAGACCACGGACACCUGCAUGCAGUUUCCUGCUGAUGUCCAGCACAUCCUAUGUGGAAUUCUGGGUUCUGGUGCUCUCCCAUCACUCGGAAUGAGCUGAACAGAACCCUCUGCCAAGAAGCCCACAAGGUCUCCUGGGCCUCUUCAUGAGAAGACCCAAGGCCUACCCUCAGUGCAUUUAACUGAAGCUGCCCUUCCCUGGGCUGAGGCAGAGUACUUGUUUUAGAUCCAGAGGUGGGGCCAGGUUGGAGAUGGUGAGU